UGCUGACUGUCAAACAACAACCCAUUAUUCAAAGUAGGACAUUUGCAGUUGUAUACUUACAUUUUAGGAUAAAAUAACAUAUUUUCUGUUACUUGUAUGUUAAUGUCUCCGCGGCAAAUCACAUCAAGAGGCAGGUGAUGGCUGAACCCAGAGUAUCUUCCAUCGAUGGAAAGUUAGCUGAAGAAUUUGCUGUUCCCUCCCACGUUGAGGAGGUCAAAGAGAAGAUGACUGCUUUUGCUGCACAUCAUGCAGCAGCAGGCCGCAGGGUGGUGCUUAUCACAUCAGGAGGCACCAAAGUUCCUCUUGAGUCCCGCACCGUUCGCUUCCUGGAUAACUUCAGCAGCGGCAGGCGAGGAGCCUGCUCAGCAGAGUAUUUCCUAGAUGCGGGUUACGCUGUUGUCUUCCUACACAGACACCGCUCCCUCUACCCCUACACACGCAUGUUUUCAACCAUAAACAUGCUGGAUGCCCUAAUGUUCAGAGGUGGAAAGGGAGCAGAGAGUGACUCAGGUGAGGUGGUGGUUAACCAAGAGGUGCUUCCAAACAUUGCCAAAGCGCUGAAGAGGUACCAGGAAGUGAAAGAAGGACGACUUCUGCUGCCCAUUGAGUUCAGCACACUGUCAGAGUACCUGCAUCUUCUCAAAGCAGCAGCUCAGGCUCUCAGCACAAUAGGAUCCAAGGCCAUGUUUUAUUUGGCUGCAGCAGUGUCUGAUUUCUACAUCCCAGCGUCUGAGAUGCCCGAACACAAAAUCCAGUCUUCCAACGGACCUCUUCAACUCAGCUUGAACAUGGUCCCAAAGAUCCUGUCCCCACUGGUGAAGGACUGGGCCCCUCAAGCUUUCGUCAUAUCAUUUAAACUGGAGACAGAUGCCACUAUCCUGCUGGACAAGGCUCGACGGGCUCUGGACACCUACAGACAUCAGGCGGUAGUGGCCAACGUACUGGACUCUAGACGGGGUUAUGUGGUGGUGGUGACCCCUGAGACUCAGGUGGAGCUGAUCCUCUCCGAGCAGGACGUGAAGAAUGAGGUAGACAUAGAGGAGAGGAUAGUCAGCAACCUUACUUUAGCACACAACAAGUUCAUAAGCGAACAAGUGGGUUGACUUCAGUUAUCCACUCUGCAUGUUUGAGUCAGAGACGCAUUAGUUGAUGUGCUCUUAUUUGAUCCUUAACUUGGCUUAAUUCGUAUUUUCCAGUUUUACUAAGACCUUACUGUAUAUUCAGUUUGUUGCAGGGUUGCAUUACCUUAGUCAUAACUGUAAUAAUACACACAUAAUGCCUACCCCUGUUAUGUUGGUGUGCUCUUAAAAGUGGGCCUUAAAGCUAACAAAGCUGUCUCUGUACAGGGACAAUAAACAGCUUAUUAAAAGGUUGUAAAAUGUUUAUCAAAUGAUCAGAAUAGGACAUUUUUACAUCAAUAACUGGCAGAUGAAAAAGCCUUUAAUAUGCUGUACUACAGUGAUCACCAGUAAUAAUAAACAUUUACAAAUACA